UGGGCGGGCUUUCUUACUCGCUGAGAGGGAAGUUCAAGCCUGUGUAUGGUUCAAGCGCUAGAAAAACGUAAACAGUUGUUGUUUUUGCAAAUUGCAUUCGGGAAAAAAUAGUGUUUUACACUGAAACAAAAGUACUAUUUGAUGAAAUAAUCGACACAAUUAUUACAUUUACAAGAAAGAAGAAACAAAACAACAACACGCUAUGUCCCACAAGCAGAUUUAUUACUCAGACAAAUAUGACGACGACAAAUUCGAGUACAGGCAUGUCAUGCUCCCUAAGGACAUUGCUAAAAAAGUUCCUAAGACACAUCUGAUGUCAGAGACAGAAUGGAGAAAUCUGGGAGUUCAGCAGAGUCAAGGAUGGGUACAUUAUAUGAUCCAUCAGCCCGAACCGCAUAUCUUGCUCUUCCGACGUCCACUGCCUCAAUCCCAGUGACUCCAGAACCACAAACUAAUGGAAUUCUGAAAACGGGACACAAUCUGAAGAUGUCCGAGUCUGUGAGAUGCUGGGUGUACCCCAGAUCAGUUGGUGUCAAUAUCAUUUGUGCUGCUUUUGACUUCUGUUUAUUGACAGAUUAUCAUCACUGUGCUUGAUCUCUGCCUUUAGAACUGUGCGCAAUUUCCUACUGCAUCUGUAUAUAUUUUUAUUCCUCAUCAAGCUUGUGUUAUAACGAUUCUGUAAACGAGCUUCACUUGAUGAAUUUUUGCAUUGAUGAAUUUACUCAAAAAGGUCUAGCAGCAUUGGAAAUUGUUUUGCAAACUACACUUACUUAAUUUUUCACCCUUUAAAGUAUUAAUAAUGCUGUUUCUAACAGUAUACCCGUCACCAGUACUAGUAAGCAACUGAACCUGUUUUCUCCAAAAAUGUUUUAAAAAGGCCUCUCAUAAUAAUAUGUAUAAUACUAUACUUAUGUAUAAUAAAAUGGUUUCCGUUCAUCA